UGAGGCGGAGGUGGAGGAGCGGGAGCGGGAGCGGGAGCAGGAGCAAGAGCGAGGCGGAGCAGGCGGCGGCGGUGGAGGAGAAGAGCGGCCAGGAGGAGGAGGAGGAUGGAGGAGCAGCCGAAGGAGGGCGAGGCCGAGGUCGCGGAGCACUGGUUCUCCAAGUGGGAACGCCAGUGCUUGGCCGAGGCCGAGCAGGAGGAGCAGCUGCCCCCGGAGGUGGAGGACGAGGCGGCCGCCGAGGCAGCGGGGCUCAAGAGCGAGCAGCAGAGGCUGUGGCACCUCUUCCAGAUCUCUGCCACCGCCGUGGCCCAGCUCUACAAGGAUCCCGGCUGCCAACAGCCAGGACUGUCCGUGUGGGACCCCUUCCAGAACGCGGCCAUGGCCGUGACCAGUCUGUACAAAGAGAGCGGGGACGCCCACCAACGAAGUUUUGACCUGGGCGUCCAGGUUGGCUACCAGCGUCGCAUCAAAGACGUGCUGGAGUGGGUGAAGAAGGGCCGGAGCACCAUCCCCCGCGAAGACCUCAUUAGCUUCCUGUGCGGCAAAGUGCCCCCCGCCCCGCCCCCGCCGCGCACCCCCAGGACGCCCCCGAAGCCGCCCGCCUCGGCCACCGGCCCGGCCGCCGCCACCGAUGCCAGCCCGGCCGUCGAGGUCGACCUGCAGCCUUUCCACGAGGCCAUCGCCCUGCAUGGCCUCAGCGGUGCCAUGGCCAGCAUCAGCGUGCGAGCCGGUGCACCCGGGUCCCCGCCCCAGGCCAGCGGUGUCGCCGGCAGCGUGGCCGGCGGCGGGCGCCGGAAAAGCAGCCUCCUCGAGGACGACUCGAACCCCUUCAACGCCGAAGAACUGGCCCUCCGCCUGGACAGCGGGGGGACCCGCAAGCGCCCCUCGGCCCAGUGCAGUGACAGUGUCACGGGCUCCCCAACCCACAAGCGCAACCGACUGUUCUGAACGGCGUCGUUGGCCACCAGCCGCCAUCUUACUUGAGCAUUAACCCGACUGUCAACGUGCUCGGCGAAAGGACACUCGCGACCGUCUCUUUCUUCUCCAAGUUCAACAGAGAUUUCUGCCAAGUACGCCGUAAAGAAACUUUUAAAGUACUCUACAAGAGGCCUCGGAUGACUCUGACUUUCCCAAACAUCUAAUCCUAGCAGAGAACAAGUAUUAUGUAGUCGUUUAGCAAGAUCAGAAGAAACCAGAAAUAUUUGGUCAGAGCGGGAGCCUGGUUUAUCUUGUUCACAGUUAUAUUCCUUAGCACCGAGUACAGUUGCUGGUGCUCAAUAAAUGUUUGUUGAGUGAAUAAA